UCAACGGAAAUAUUUCAGAAGAGGCGUGGUUUGUAUUCUGUUUUCGGAUAUAGAGACUGUUGUUGGAUGUUUUUGCGAUUUUUACUAACAAAAUACAAGAAAUAGGAGACAUAAUCGUUAGCGAGAGGUCGCAAGUGCUAAUUUAAGCAUCGGUUAAUCAAGUCGCGUCAUUUAAACCGACGCUUACAUCGUUUUUAGAAGGUAAAUAGGUUAAGCAAGGGGAUGCUGCUGCAGUCGCUGUCUUGGAGCUCGACACAAUCGCUGAAUUUUAUGUUGCGUUUAGUCGAAAUAAGAAGCUUUGCAGUAAGAGAAAACGCCUGCAGGAUAUGUCAGUCUCGACCGAGUCAUUUUCAAAUUUAGUGAAUUCAUAUUGUACAACGUUUUUUAUUGUUGUCCCCACCGCGCGUGGACGCCAGAGCAUUUUAGCUUGUAUUGUGUUGUUAGUAGAACAACUCCGUAAACCGAGCUGUCUGUGAGCCGAACUUACUAACCUUAACGUUACUCCAUUCGCCCAGAUUUGUUUUUAGUUGGAAAGUGGCAGUACAACAGUAAAGGAUUGAGAGCUACUCGUGUAAGAUGGCUGGUGAUGACAAGCACAUGUUUAAGCAGUUUUGUCAGGAGGGGGAGCCACAUGUUCUUGAAGCUCUGUCACCCCCUCAGUCCAGCAGCGCUCCAAGCCCUAACCUAUUGGGGAAGAGUGGGGAGGAUGGAGAAAAUCCACUAAGUGAUAAGUGUUGCAGGAAGACCUUGUUCUACCUUAUCACCACCCUGAACGAGUCGUUCCGGCCUGAUUAUGACUUCAGUGCUGCCCGUGCCCAUGAGUUCAGCCGAGAGCCCAGCGUUAACUGGGUGGUCGACUCCGUUAACAGCAGCCUUUGUUCUGCUGUGGGGGAGCAGUUUAACUCUUUAGGACCAGAACUGUGGAAUGCCAUUGAUCAAGAGAUAAACCUGCAGGGCUGUGACAUCUAUAGCUACAACCCAGACCUUGACUCUGACCCCUUCGGUGAGGAAGGCAGCCUGUGGUCCUUCAACUACUUCUUUUACAACAAGAAGCUUAAACGCAUUGUAUUUUUCACUUGCCGCUCAGUUAGUGUCCUCAGUAGUUAUGGUUUCAGUGGCCUUGACAAUGAGUUGGACAUGGAGCUGGAUGAUGAAGAGGAAGUGGACAGCUUCAUGGAAGACAGGUUCCCCCGAGCUCUGUGUGUCUAAAGCUUUCUCAGGGAUGUCAACCUGCGCUUCAGCUAAAGGGCCUCGCCGUUAAAUUUGCUCCAAAUUUCUUCUUUCCUUUUUUUAGAAAAAAAACAAAAACUUUUAUUUUCUGGGGAUUUUCUUAAGUGUGUGUGUUUGAUUUUUACUUCUCUGUGGAUUGAGGAGAAGAAAUAAGUAAAUUUUACACCUCCCAUUUGCCUCUAAAGUGUGGCUUACAAACUGUGGCUGAGAGGAAUUCCAGGAGAGCUGCUUGGACAAGGUUUGACAUGGACUCAUUUUUAGCAUUGGCUGAGAAGAACAAAAACCACUGGAAACCAGCUCAUCCUAGGAGUGAAUGAAAGUCACCAGCGUUUUGACAGUGGAGAAUAUGAACACACUUUGGAAUUCAAAGACUGCAUGCCUUCUGGAUUUGUGCCCCUCUGUUUUAUUGGUUCUCCUAAUAUUUCAUGGUUU